UGCUAGCUAAAACAAUCAAGUAACGUUAGUGAACGUCAAGUGCACCGCAUCAGUCCUUAAAGACUGAAAACAUACAGUUUGAAUCGGACCGACCAAAAACGAGCAAUAAUGUCUCAUAAGACAAAGAGACGGAACUAAAAGAAGCUAAAGACGACUUUUACACCAUAGAGAUGUUUGUCCAGAAGGAGAAUGGACUUAACAUAAUUUAAGUUGAGGGUGGUGCUGCAGAGGUGGGUGGAGCAGUAGGACCCAGAAGCAGCCGUAAAGCAGCUGCUGGCCGGAGGGAGGAGUCAGAAUAUAAAACAAACAGAUCUCCACACCCUACAGUCUGUGGAAGUUCCUCCGCAUUCCUGCCAUACACACACACACACACACAUAUGUGUGUAUAUGUCCGACACAGAAAGCUGUGAGGAACCGCACACUGAGCCCGGGAGUUUGGAGGAGGGGGUGUGAACUUGCUGUAUGACCAGAGACCAGAAACCUCAUCAUCAACGCUCGGUGCCAGCCCGAGCAUGAGUAAGGCCGGCGGUGAUGGCGACGGUGAAACAGCCGAGCAGCUGAAGGGCCGGACCGCCCCUGCCGCUGCCGGACCGGGCUGGACCAAAGUCAGCUGCCCCUGCUGCAAGUCAGAGCGGGUCGAGCCGCUGGUUCUGGUGAAGCUGGGGAAGAAGGUUCGCCCCGAGACGAAGAGGUGGCUCCUCAGGGUGAUUGGAGCGCCGCAGGAGGAAGGAGGUGCUGCGUUACUCGCCCACCCGGGAGAGGACGCCACCGGUGACAUCAUCGUGCUCUCCGCCCCGCGGUGUACGUUACUCAAAGCCACGGAAGAGUUGGGUCUGUGCAAGACGUACCGCAACGGAGAGAUGGAAGCCUUUUCCUACAACGACAGGGACAACUUCAAAGAUUCAGACAACAUGGAGGCGUUCCUGACCUUGGCGGAGCGGCAGUACGUGGUGAAGUAUGAGCUGGACGCUCUGCGGGCGCAGAAAGACCUGAGGGUCCCGGGCCUGCCCGACGGAUACACACUGCAUCACCGGGACAACAUCUGGCGGAAGCUCGGGUCGGCUGGCGUCAUUGUGGACAUGCUCCCUCUCCACAACCCGGACAAGCUGAAGGAGCUCGGCAAGGCCUGGUAUUCUGGCAAUCAGCUGGCCCAGCCUCUGGAUUCAGUCAAUGGCUACUUUGGAAACUCCGUGGCCUUCUACUUCAGCUUCCUGGAUUUCUACACCUGGUCUCUGCUCCCGCCAGCGGUUCUGGGCCUGUGCAUCACGUACUUCUUAGGUGACGCCCAGAAGGAGGCCGAGGAGUCCGUCUCGGGCUCAGAGGUCACCAGCGACGACUCUGGCUCUGUCGGCGGUCACAUGAUCCAGGCAAUCUUCAACAUGCUGUGGUCCACGGUGGUCAUGGAGCUGUGGAAGCGGCGGAGCUCCUCCCUCUCCUACCGCUGGGGGACCAUGAGCCUCGCUGAGCGAUUCGCCGAGCCCCGCCCCGGCUUCCACGGCGACCUCGGGGUCAACCCCGUCACAGGCCGCGUGGAGCCACUCUUUCCCGGAUGGCAGAGGGACCUGCGCAUGGCACUGGUGUCCGUCCCAGUGGUGGGACUCUUUCUAGGCCUGGUGGUUCUGGGUAUGCUGUGCUUCUACUGGGGGGAGGCCCAGGUGCAACAGCUACACAGAGACUGGGACUCCCUGCUGUCUCAGGCUCUGCUGUACGUGCCCUCGGUGCUCCACAUCGUCUACACAAACAUGCUGGGAACGGUUUAUAAGACCGCAGCACUGUCUCUGACUGAAUACGAGAACCACAGGGAGGAGUCGGCCUUUGAGAACCAUCUGACAACCAAAGUCUUAGUGUUCACUUUCUUCAACUGCUUUGCGGUGCUCUUCCACAUUGCCUUCUUCAAGCAGGACGUGCCUUUACUCCGCAAGCGCUUGGCGUCUUUGCUGGUAGUGACCCAGCUGUUGAACCAGGUGACGGAGGUGGUCAUACCCUACUUGGUGGACCGGUUCAUCAGCGCCCCCCACAGGACAGAGAGCAAAGAUGACCCCCAGGAGGACAAAUUUAGGAACCAAAGCAACCUGCCUGUUUUCCCUGGCUUGUUUGCAGAGUACAUCGAGCUCCUGGUGCAGUUUGGGUAUUUGAGUCUUUUCUCCUGCGUGUUUCCCCUAACGGCCGUGCUGCUGCUCCUCAACAACAUAACAGAGAUCCGAACGGACGCCUACAAGCUCUGCAAGCUCUUCCAGAAGCCGUUCUCCCCCCCCGCGGCCAACAUGCACGUGUGGCAGAUCGCCUUCGAGGUCCUGAGCUUCGUCUCCGUGGUGUCCAACUGCUGGCUGCUGCUGCUGUCGCCGUGGUUGCAGAAGCUGUGUCGCGAGGGCGGGUGGAGCAGCACAAAUGUCCUGCUGGUGGCCGUUUUGGUGGAGCACUUGCUGAUCUUGGUGAAGGUGGUGAUAUCGGUGCUGAUACCCGACGAACCGGAAUGGGUCCGAAAGAAGAUGGAGCACAUUGAGUUCACAUCCAUGCAGGCUUUGAGAGAGCAGAAACUGCAUUGCUGAGGACCUCGAGGUGUUUCUUACGUUGCCACACUUCAACUGUGAGAUAGUAGCAACCUCGGUGUUGUGUGGACCCACACAGGAGAAGAGUCUAAGAUCUAUGAGUUUAGCGUUUAGCACCGUUAAUCCAUUGGUGUGGAAGGUUGGGCAUAGAAACGUUAUCGUAAAUGAUCCCCAACGCUCAGCGCGUCCGCUCAGCUCUGCGUGGGUUUUCAACUUGGCUGUUUAUGUCGACUCUCACUGCUCCGGGUUACUAAGGGAUUAUUUUAUCUAAUCCUAUUUGAUCUUUUUUUAAUUUAGCAGCCAUAAGGCAACAUAUUUCCACAAAGAGCAGGUGGAGACCAAAAACAGAGCUAAAAGGAGAGUGAAUAUUGGAUAUUAUAUGGACAGAAACACAUUUAUAGUUAGCUGUGCUGUCCCCAGGUCUCCAAAAAAACAACUAUUGCAGCUUAAACCCCAUAAAAAUAACAAAGAAUUGUUGACAGUUACAAAAGUCCAGUCCUUGGGGGGUAGGGAGUUUUACAGGAGAGUAUUUUACACAUUUAGCAAUUUACUUUUAUUAGUUUAACUGGUUUACAAUCUGUUGUCGUCCUCGACUCACUCUCAUGUUUGAAUUCAUGUCGAGGUCCCUCGUAAGAAAGAAAAAAGUUUAAAGAUUUCCCCUGAGGUUGAGUAGUGAGAAGACAAUGUGGCCUCGUACCCUCCGUUGAUGGUACUGCCCUCUUCUGUGUGAUGUGGAGCUACCAAAGAACCGCCAUGUGCCUUUCUAUUUGAAAUGUGUAUAUUUUGAUGAGUCUUUACUCGCCUGCCAAUCUGUGGCGAGCCUCUAAUAAUCACUGCUUGACUUCACCUGCUGCAACAACUGCUUGGACCACUGCUGGCUACAUUUGGAUUAAUAUUCUCAAUGUGCCCAUGAAUCCACCUGAGGGACUAUUUUCUUACAUACUUGCUUGACUGGGGUGUACUGUUUUUUUCCUGAUAAGUUAUUGAUUUUAAGAGUUAGUUUUCUCUACAGCCACCAGGAGGUGCUGUACACUUUCUAUGUAAACCCCCAUUCAGCUUUUCACAGCAUGUGACUGCAGGGGGGGGGGGGGGCUGAGACUUCCUCAUGCUGCAGUAAGUGUACACUCCUGACACUUAUCAUAAACCAAAGCUUGUGUGCGGUGUGUUCUUUUUUCUGAAGGGUUGUUAGGAUUAAAACUAUUAGACAAUCUGGUCACGUGAUCAGGGGUUCAGGUCAGAGAUGAUGUUUGCUGGUUUUCCUUCAAUAAACUCACAGAAUGAAACAGUGU